GCUCAUCUAGCGUGAAUCACAAUCAAUGUGCCACAUAAGCAAAACAUGUUUAAGUGACACACUGAUUGUAAUUCACCAAAACGUGUUUAAGUGGUUCAAAUUUAAACCGAUUGAGGUGUUCAAUAGGUAUAAGAUUGGUUACGGUGUUCAAGUGAAUUAUCCAAACAAGUUUAAGGGCCAAACCAAUCCAGCUGGCCGUUCAAUCUCGGAAAUCUUAUCGGUCGGCAGAUCAGAGACGAACGACCACGAUCCAGGCCUUACCAGCACUGAAGGUGUACGAAUCAAUGAACCCACGAAAUCAACUUUCGUUUAUGACAAAAUAAACCGACAUACGAUCACUAUAUCUUAUUGAUAUUGAUUGAAUUUCGACUUAAACCUCAAAUUUUCUUACACCUAGCGUACAUAUCGAAAUCAUCCUUUCUAUAAUAUACCAAAAAAUAUAUAUAUUUUUAUAUAUAUUAAAGUAAUAUCCAGGUCGAGGGUUCGAUUCCCCAGCAGCCAAAAAAUCCCCACAAAUAAAACCCGAUUUCUCUCGCGCGCUUUUCCAACACCGUUAUGGAAACCGCCGACGCCGGCGAACUUCCGGUGGACGGAGAACCGAGCCGCCGGAAUAAAUCUCCGGCAACAUCGCCGGGAAAAUCAACGGAGAAAGUUUCCGGCGAGUUUUCGUCGUCGGGAAUUAGAGUGUCAUUGUUCGAUUAUUCAGUGGAGAAUCACUUUAAAGCUGUUGAUAUGAUUUGUAAGCUCACCGGUGUACCGGAGAUUGAGGAUGAUGAUGAAGUUGAGGUUAAUCGAUUAGCUUCUUCCAUCACAUUCUUAACAGAAUGGAGAUAUCUCAAUUACAAAAAAAGAGAAGUUAAAUUUGCUUGUGAGAAUGAGAGAUCAAGAGGAAAAGAUGUGAUUGGUGAAAUAAGUUUGCCUCAAUUCUCUUCUGCGGAAGUUCCAAAGAAGCAGUUGGUUAAUGAGCAGCCAGUUCCCAAAGAAUCGAGCAAAGAUUUUGUAAUGUAUAUUGGAGGUCAAGUGUGGGGGAUGGACUGGUGUCCCCAAGCUUAUGAAAAUAGGGAUACUCCUAUCAAAAGUGAGUUUAUCGCAAUUGCUCCUCAUCCUCCCGAGUCAUCAUAUCACAAGUAUGGUGUCCUAUAUACAGGCAGAGGUGUAAUUCAGAUAUGGUGUCUGUUAGAUCUCAUUCAAAAAAAAGAUUUAAUUGUGAUAGAAGAUUUUUUAGCUCAGGUAAACAAAAAGACUUCUCGAAAUUCAACAAGAAGUGAAUCAGCAUCUGGACCUCAAAAACCAAAAGGAAGACCGAGAAAGAACCCUAGUGAAGCAGUUAAGAAAAAAACACCCGGACCCCAAAAGCCAAGAGGAAGACCGAGAAAGAAACCUGUAACUGAAUCUUUAGGUGAUAGAGAUUGGGACGACCACAAUUUACAACCUCUUGCUAUAGAGUACCCGCAGCAAUCAACAGAAGUACCUGAAGAUUUGUCUUGUGGAAAUAUGAUUAAUGUCCAAGUAGAUUUUGGGCAAAAUCAAGAAAGAUCUAUUAAUGCGGCAUCUCUAGAUUCUCAGCUUACUACUUCAAAGAGGAGAAGUGUGAGAAACAAGGCAAGAUCGAAACGUCAGACUGAUAACUCUGGUGUGAUUCCACAGCCAACACAAGAUUUUGCUGAAGCGUCUUCAGUUGUGAGUUCCCAGACAUGUGAUAGCAAUGGUCUCGAUUCAGCAGGGUUCAAUGAGAGUGGUGCUUCUGCAAACAGAAGAAAAAAAGAAAAAGGAAGGACGGAAAACCAAACUCAUAAGUCUACCUUGGAUUUGCCAACACAAGAUAUGAAUGAAGAAUCUCCCGACAUGUCCCAAACACCUGAGAGCCAUGGCAAUGUUUCCACACAGUUUGAUGAGAAUGGUUCUCAUGUAAUGCAGCACAUACCAACGGAUGUUUCUCUACCUAGAAUGGUGUUAUGUUUAGCUCACAAUGGAAAAGUAGCAUGGGAUGUUAAAUGGAGGCCUUUAAAUCACUAUGAUGUCUCCAGACAUAGAAUGGGUUAUCUUGCUGUGAUACUGGGAAAUGGAGCUUUAGAAGUGUGGGAGGUUCCUUUUCCUCAUACAAUUAAAGCUAUUUAUCCUUCUGGUCAAAAGAAGGGUACUGACCCUCGGUUUAUGAAACUGCAACCUGUAUUCAGAUGUUCAAUGCUCAAGGGCAGUCAUGGGCAAAGCAUUCCGUUAACAUUAGAGUGGUCUGCUUCACCUCCGUAUGAUAUGAUUCUCUGUGGAUGUCAUGAUGGAGUGGUUGCUUUGUGGAAGUUUUCGGCCAAUAAUUCAUCUAAAGACACAAUGCCUUUGCUUUGCUUCACUGCGGAUGCAGGUCCUAUUCGGGCGCUUUCCUGGGCACCUCUGGAAAGUGACUCAGGGAAUGCAAAUAUUAUCAUCACAGCUGGUCGCAAGGGGCUGAAAUUUUGGGACUUAAGGGAUCCUUUCCAUCCUUUGCGGGAUUAUAAUGUUGGUCAGGGAGUUUAUAUAUGCAGUGUGGACUGGUUGCCAGAGCCUAGAUUUAUCAUAAUAUCAUGUGAUGAUGGGACACUAAAGAUCCUUAGCUUGCCGAAGGCUGCAUAUGAUGCACCUGUCACUGGAAAGCUUUUAGUUGGAACUAAACAACAGGGAUUCCAUAGUUGCACUCGGUCUCUACUUGGGAUAUGGAGUUUGCACGCUUCUCGAGUAACAGUUCCAGGCAUGGUUGCAUACUGUGGGGUAGAUGGUACAGCUGUUCGGUUUCAGAUGGCUAGCAAAAUGGAGAAUGAUGCUGUGAGAACUCGUAUGCCGCAUUUUCUCUGUGGAUCAUUUUCCGGGGAUGAAUCAGGUGUCUGCAUUGUUACUCCAGAGCCAAAUACUCCCUUCCGAAUGAUCUACUCAGGGAAACAGUGGCGUGAUGCCAUCCCGAGAUCUCCCCAUGGUGUCAAUCAACGAGCGAUGGAUCAAUCAGAUGCACAACCUCUGGCUCUAUGUUAUGGCAAUGAUCCGAACGUUGAAGGAGGAUCAGAUGACGAGUUAGCAUCUCAGACAUCCAAAACAAAAACAAAAACCACAAGCAAGGAACCGUUGGUUGCUGAAGAAGAACCAACAAGAUCGAAAGUGAAAUUUGAACAGUUACCUCCCAAAAUUUUGUCAGUCAACCGUAUAAGAUGGAACACGAACAAAGGCAGUGAGAGAUGGCUAUGCUAUGGAGGAACUGCCGGACUGGUACGUUGUCAACAGACUGAUUUAUAGACUCUUUGAUUAACUAACUUCAACAAAGGGAGGAUGUAGAAUUGUAAGCUUGUAGUAGUAUUAGUAUUAGUAAAGGGCAUCCCGUUGCGCUAAAGCUCCUGCUAUAUGCGGCGUCCGGAGAAGGGCCGGACCGCAAGGGUCUAUUGUAUUAGUAUUAGUAAAGGACAGCUCGAUGCGCUAAAGCUCCUGCAAUGUGCGGGGUUCGGAGAAGGGGCAGACUACAAGGUUCUAUUGUAUUAGUAUUAGUAUUAAUUGUCAUGUGUUUGACUAUUUUAUUUAUAAGUUAUCCCCUUGGAGGUAGUGUAUGUUGUAUGUAUAUUAUAGCAAUUUCAAAGAGAAGUAUUGGAGUUCA